AAAUUUGAAAUCUUCUUCUUUGAUCGUUUUUGUGAGAGCGAACAUGGAGAAAUCAAAUUCGAAUUCGAAAUGCCCAUCUCAUUGGAUUCUCCUCUGCUUCUUGAUCUCUUCUCAGUUUUGGGGUUUCUCACUUCCCACUUCGAUAAUUCAACAAAACCUCAAGGGAUUUAAAGAUCCUGGAGAUGGAAGGGUGUCAAUACCGAAAGAAGACGGUUUUCAUGAGAUUCAUUGUUCAAGAGAACGUAGCAGAGUUGCUUGGAAAAUCAUUCAAGAGUAUCUCAUGCCAUAUGUGGAAAAGGAGCGGUAUCAGUUACCGACUACUUGUAGAGUUCAUCGAGACAAUGACAUUUAUAGAGAACAAGAAGAGCACAAAGUUCAUUCAGAUACAAACGAGUGGCGUUGUGGAUUCUGCAAAAAGGCUUUUUUUGAAGAGAAGUACCUCGAUAAGCAUUUCGAUUCACGCCAUUACAAUUUGCUUAAUGCGAGUCAUGGUAAAUGUCUGGCGGAUCUUUGUGGAGCGUUGCAUUGUGAUCUUGUUGUAAAUACAGCUCGGCUUAAGUCUAAGUGUAAUCCUGCAGCUGCUGCAAGAAACCGUCACUUAUGUGAGAGUUUGGCUAAUAGUUGUUUUCCAGUAAAUAAAGGUCCAUCAGCCAACCGUCUUCACGAUUUCUUCUUGCGCCAAUUCUGUGAUGCACAUACAUGUUCAGGAGGAUCAAGGCCCUUAUCUAAAAAACCAAAGAAGAGAGGUAAGUUAUACAUUAUCAUCUCCAUCAGCACUUUGAUAGUGCUUCUUCUCUAUUACAGCUUUGUCUAUUUGUUCCAAAGAGGAUUAAAGAGGGGAUCUCAAGAACUGAAGCGUAUUAGACGCAAUGGUCUGAAGAAGAAACCCUUCUAAAGCAUAUCAACCUUUAGCUAUAAUGGCUGCUUAAUCGUCUGAGAGAGAAUACAUUUUUUUCUUUGGU